UGCUGGUCUCGCGGCUGCAGCUAUUAUCGGCUUGAAUUUUCUAUUGCUGUUUGAAUGUUAUUUGGACAUCAUUAUAAAGCAGGAUUUUUGCCACUUCAACUAAUAAAGGAAUUCUAAGGGAUUGCGGAAGUUCAGCCACUGAGUAAAUUGCAGAAACUCGGUUUUAGAUCUGUGUAGCAGGGAAGUGAAUAUGGCAAGAUGUAUAUCCAUGUAAGUUAACUCAGAUUGCAUUUUCCUCCUAAAAUCUAUGCACAUACUUUAUAUUUAGUAUCUUUAUGAGAGCACUUAAAGUAGGUUUUUAUUUUUGCCACUACAACUGAGUUUGAUAUUUCAAUGCUUAUUCAUGAUUUUCCAACUUUCACUUAGCAAACAAUUAUUGUUUGUGAUAUACUAGAAUAUGUUUCUGAGGUACAAAGAUAAUCUAGUCACCAUACUAAAGGUGAUAUUAAUUACCUAAAAGUGAUUUUAAUAAGAAACAGUAGCACUUUAAUAUAUGAACAUUAGAGAAUUUUUGUUUUGAUGGUUAGAUUAUGAGAGAUGAGCUGGACUUUCAAGUUUUUCAGACUUGAGAUAAAAAUCAAGAGUUAAAGGUCUUGGAGGUCAAUUAGACUACAGAGUCAGUGAGUUCAGGAAGCGUAACUGUCUGUAACUCCCGUAUGUUCUGGGCAAGAUGAGAGGAGAUUCACAUUUAAGCCCUGAGUUCAAGUCUGGAUAUGUUCAUGAGGACUUUGGUAUGGGACCGUCUUGGCCUGCCUCUAACUGUCGUCUUGGGCUUUGCUCCUCUGUCCCUUUCCAAAGAGGAGUAGAAGAUACUAUCUGCCUGUAUAGCUCUGGUGUCUUGGAACAUGCCUGGGAUCUGCCUCCUUUGCCUGGGAUUAAAGAUGUGCCUGCCAAACAUGCUGUGAACAUGGACUUGUGUGUUUAGUGAUGGAUGAACUCUAGUUUUCCCAUGUUGGGCGCCACUGCAGUGUCUGGAUUUGGAGUCAUGUCAGUAGCAAGCAGAGGUAAUAAAAACGGACGGCGGUGUUUUGACAGCAUUUGAAGAUUUUCUACUCACUGUUUAUGGUUUUCAUAAGUCUGUAAGAGGAUUUUCCACAGAAGCAAUGUCUUUGGUCCCAUUAGCACCUUAUACAUACACACCCCUGAAUCUACUUAAGGAUGGUGCAGUUGUCAAUGUCUGUGGUGUUGUGAAGUUCUUUAAGCCUCCCUACUUAAGUAAAGGAACUGAUUAUUGUUCCGUUGUAACAAUUGUGGACCAGACAGGUGUGAAGUUAACAUGCCUGCUCUUUAGUAGGAAGUAUGAGGAUCUUCCAGUCAUUUAUAAAGUUGGAGACAUUGUUUGUUUCCGUGGGCUGAAGAUCCGAGUAUAUAAAAACGAACUUCAGGCAAUCAGCAACUAUGGUUUUGCAUCUUUGACAUUUGAUGGUACUGUAAUGUCUCCUGUGACACUGCGCACUUCAGGCAAAAACUUUAACAUCACUGCUCUGGACCACAAUAUGGUAGAAGCCUUGCGGGCUUGGGCAUCCACACAUGUGCCACCUUCCUCCACCCUACUGCCGCUCUCUGACGUCCACCCUAUGCAGUACUGUGACCUGACCUGUCAGCUCCUGGGCAAAGCGGAAGUGGACGGGACAUCUUUUCUUCUGAAGGUAUGGGAUGGCACCAGGACGAAGUUUCCCUCUUGGAGAGUCUGCAUCCAAGACCUUGUGCUGGAAGGUGACUUAAGUCACAUUCUGCGGCUACGGAAUCUGGUGAUAGACGUUGUAGUUUAUGAUAAUCAUGUCCAAAUGGCAAAAUCCCUGCAGAUUGGAAGCUUUCUUAGAAUCUAUAGCCUCCAUACCAGACUUCAGCCAGUUAAUUCAGAGUCCAUGACUUCACUGAUAAGGUUGGAGUUUCAUCUUCAUGGAGGGACCAGCUAUGGUCGGGGGAUCAGAGUCUUACCAGAAAGUAACCCUGAUGUAGAUCAGCUGAAAAGAGCUUUAGAAUCUGUAGAUUUGGCAGCCAUUCAGCCCUCAAAUGAUACCUGGCAAUCAGAAGAUGAAGACGACUGUUUAACACCUUCAAGUAAGGACGACUCUGACUCAGAUUUGGUUUCACUGUAUGCAGUAGAAAGAUGUCAGCAAUUCUGUGCUACAAAACUUACAGAUCACCACUAUUUAGAGAAGACACCACUGAGUGCCAUUUUGCAGCAAAGAGCUCCUCAACAAUAUCGAAUCCUAGCAAAACUGAGAUCAUAUGAGCCCAGAAGACUUUUCCAGUCUGUUAAACUUCUUUGUCCUAAAUGUAAUUCAUUGCAAGAAGUUCCAUGUGAGGAAAAUGUGGAUAAAAUUUUUCAAGAUGCUGCAACUAAAUCUCCAGAGAGCAGACUGCAAAGUACGUCAUUGUAUGACUCAGAGGUCUGGACCACCAAAGGUCAAGGAGGACGUCAGGUCGCUGUCCAUUUUGUGAAAAACGAUGGCAUCCUCCCUAUUUCAGAUGAAUGUCUAAUUUUGAUAGAAGGAGGGCGGCUCUGUGAAAUCUCUAAACUGUCCAGCGUGUUUGGCGGUGUGAUCCCCGUGAGGUCCGGCCCUGAGGACCUGGAGCUCCUAGACCUUGCAGCACCAUUCCUCAUACGAGGAAAGGUGUGUCACUAUGGAUGUAAACAGUGCUCAAACUUGAAACCCAUACAAAACCUAAGAACCAUUCCUAAUAAAAGAAUGUGGAUUCCUUCUUCUGUGGCAGAAGUUUUGGGCAUUGUUCCUCUGCAGUAUGUGUUUGUCAUGAUGUUCAGUUUUGAUGAUGGAACAGGAGUAUUGGACGCUUACCUUAAGGAUUCUGAGAAAUUUUUCCAGAUCCCAGCAUCCGAAGUCCUCACUGAUGACAGCCUUCAGGAGAAUCUGGAAAAGAUCAUGAAUGUGAUGUGUCCUCCAGGAAUAAAAAUUGAUGCAUACCCGUGGCUCGAGUGCCUCAUCAAGUCAUACAACGUCACAAUCGGAACAGAGCAGCGAAUAUGUUACCAGAUAUUCGACACUACGGUUGCAGAAGACAUCAUCUAGUGACUCUUCGGUGCCAUGCGUAGGGGGUUUUAUGGUCAAAAAAAAAAAAACACUUUUGUUAAAGUACCUUCAGAUUUUCACACAGCUUAAGUUCUUUUGUACAGAAAGACAUUUCUUGUGAAUAUGCUACAACACCUGUUGCUCAACAUGCCUAGGGUUACUACUACAGUUACAGACAGGACCACACUUUGUGUGGAGGGACCAAACUUUCAUUCUUCUUUCUGUUCCUUCAGGAGUGCUAUGUUAUUACUGGUGGGCCCUGAGGCUCCGUCUCCCACCGUGAGACUCUUGUUUCUGUGCCACCCACCGUCCCCUCGUUGGGUUUCAUUUUCUGUCCUGAAUUUUACACCAGCAGUUGAUGUUAAUGUGGGUAUAGAUGAGAUAUUCUUGAGCUCUUGUGUUCAUUGAUAAAACAGUGGUGGCUACUUUUCUCUCAACCUAUUCCAUUUUCCUUUAUUUAUGUACAGAGGAAGUGCUUAACCAGUCCUGGGGAAGGAAGUCUUCCUGCACCUUCACACGCACGUGUUUGCUUGAGUUCAACUUGAACAAAUGUUUGUCUGAGUGAGCUACAAUGUACUAAAGAGAGUAUUUGAUUUAAGGAAGAGUGUCAGAGUUUUAUUUGGUGCUUAAGUUGCCCAUUUUAGGAUGAGUCUGUCACUUUAAAUCAGAUGUGUUUGAUGUCUACUUCUCUCUGUAAAUAUUCCAUCCUAUACCAACUAAGAGGUGAUUAAAUUUAGGAUUUUUCUUAGUUGAAAAAGUAUUAUAUUUUUAAUAGCCUUAUGUAAAAAUAUUCCUACAUUGCAAUAGAAUGAUAUGCUUUUUAACUCAGUGGUGUUUAUCAAGUUUAAAAUCAUGAGUAGUCAAUUCCUAUUGUACAUGUGUGUACAUAUGCAUUUGUGUAUUUGCUAAAAAUAGAGGGAUAACAUCUGUGUGGCUUAAAAUAAUAAGAAAUAAAUGCAUGUAUUUCUACAGCUUCACUGAUUGGCGGUGAUAUAAUAUGGUGAGGUGGCUACUGUAGUUUGAAUCUUGACUGUCCUUCAGGUGGUCAUAAAUUAAAACCAUGGCACCAUUAGGGGUUGUGGCUAACUUAAGGUAUGGAACUUGUGGAGGAAGUUAGUUUGUGGGUGGCAUACCCUGGUCCUGACUACAUCUUGUCUCACUCUUUCCUCCUGCCACGAGGCAAAUGGGCCUUUCCUGCUUUCUGUUACCCGCCUAUCGUAUCAGACACAGGCCCAAAAGAGCAGGGCCUAAUACCAUGGACUAGAAAUUCUGAGACCAUGAACCAAAUUAAGUGCUUCCUCUUUAUAAAUAUUUUAUCGCAGUAACAGAAAUCUAACUCUGCUACAGUGCUUGUAGACCAGUUACUGGAACUGUCUGCAUCCCAGGUGCUGUGCUCAAAUCUUCACGUGUUUAAAUAAUCCUCUUGGAAAAAGGACUUCAAUGCAUUCCUAUGUUCCUCUGUGCUGGAGUAAUGAGUUGAAUACAAGCGGUCUAUACGAGGAGCCACCCCAGCCAGGACCCUUAAGGUAAGGAUGCUAUGAGCCCUAUUUCAGACAGCUGUAGGAAAUACCGAAAGGAACCAGUGUGUUCUCCUGAGUUAUAGAAGGCAGCUGUUUGAUGACUCAUUGCCCCUUUUAAUAGCCUCAAAUUCCGUUUCUUUGCUGUGUCAAUAUGUUUCUACACCCAGCUCCCACCAUCCUGUAUUUGAGAUAGUGAGAGACUGAUGCUAUUAAGUCAAUGAACUCUUGGUUCAAAUCUUUCAUAGGAAACCCAUUGAGUAAAUAUGUUCAAAAUUAGAAAUACUCUUGGGAUUUGGAAUGAACGUUCCUCUGCCGUCAGGAAGCACCCACUCUACUCUCAGGAGGGCUCAGCUGUCACAACCUCACUCUGAAUGUGUCAUGCCUGCAGGUUUACAAAGGGAAACUGAACCUUGCUUUCCUUUCCAUUUGCAUUAAAUAAGCGCUCAUUGCAUGAUUUUUGUCUUUGCUGGGUGGUUUUUGUCCUCAAUUGGGGAGGAGUGUUCCACCAACACAGUAUUUUUCCAGUGACAACAUACACAUAUUAUCCUUAUUCUGGGAAUUUCACCUCUAGAACAGUUGUAUGGUGGUAGCUCAUCACGUCACGGCCAAUUGUCUAUCUUUCGUUUGGUAACAU